CGUGUGCGCUCUCCCGUGCCGAUUCGGGGCUCGUCCGGAAGCUUCUAGAGCGGUAGAAUCCAAAACUCCAGAGGCGAACGCGAUGCGACGAGACGAGACGAACCGAAGAAGCAUUCCCUCCCUCCGCUCGAGCCCCUCCGUUUUGAUCCGAUUCGCUCGCGGUAAGCGUGAUUCCAUCGCUGUAAUCGCCUGCUAGGUCGGUUGUGAUGGUGAGAUUGUUUCCUGUUUGAUCUCCGGGAUGAAGCCUAAACCCUAGGAGAGAUUGAUAUGGGGAGAGGCUACAGUUACAGCCCAUCACCACCUCCAAGAAGCUAUCGGAGAAGGGCCAGCAGCCCAAUUCCCCGUGACCGUUAUGGUGGACGUGGUAGAGAUCUCCCGACCAGUCUUCUAGUCAGGAAUCUUCGUCGGGACUGCCGGCCAGAGGACCUUCGUCGGCCAUUCGGACAAUUUGGUCGUCUCAAAGACAUAUAUAUUCCAAGAGAUUACUAUAGCGGUGAACCGCGUGGAUUUGGAUUUGUCCAGUACUACGAUCCUGAUGAUGCUGCCGAUGCAAAAUACUACAUGGACGGGCAGGUUAUUCUGGGCAGGGAAGUAGCUGUUGUAUUUGCAGAGGAGAACAGAAAGAAGCCUUCUGAGAUGAGAUCUCGCGACAGAAUAAGUGGCAGCAGAGGUCGUUCCUAUGACCAAAGGUACUCUAGGUCACCGCGAUACUCUCCUCCUCCAAGGGGCCGCUCGCCUUACCGCAGCCCGAGCUACUCAAGGUCUCCUUCGCCUCGGUAUGCAAGGCGCAGGAUGAGGGAGAGGUCCUACUCACCAGUUGAGAGCAGAUCAAGGAGCAGGAGCCCGGUCGAGGAAGGAUACGGUGGUGGAUCCACACGGAGAGAGAGGUCGCUCUCUGUCAGUGAAUGAGGUCUAGAGCGCUACCGGUAAUCUUCAACUAGUAGUCGCUAUGGCUUUGCGAACCAUAUGUUACUGUCGUGCUGUAGUGGUAUCAAUAACUUGGCAAAUGUUGCGUCAUUACGCCUUUCCUGGAAGAUCGCAAACAUAUUAAGUUACAACGCCGGUGAAUUCUGCUCACUUUGGAGUUGUUCUUGCUUUGUGCUUAUUUUGCUGUGGAUUCUGUAGAAAACGUUUUGAUAUGGUUGCCCGGUGGA